AUUGGAUAGCAACUAAUGUGGAUGCGGAUAUGACAGAAUUUUGACAGCCCUGUAUAAAACAAGAUAAUCCGGGUAACCAGAUUAGAAAACAUUCGAUAAUAGGCGAAGCACCCAACAUCAUAAAAGAUAUGAUUGAGUCAAUGAAGAUACUACUAAGUACCCUGAUUGUUUUUAUGGCCAUUCAAGACUCACAGGCAGUUAAAAGAAAGAAUCUGGCUGAAAGAUUCAACAUUGAAGCAUAUGACAUCACAUCAAAUCUCACAGAAAUUCAGAAAGAAAAGAUUCUGAACUGCACAGCAUCAUUUGAAGUUCUCCUGUGUGAGACACCAAGUGCUUGGUGCUUCUACCAUGCCAGAACCAUUGGAAUAUGGCCUCGUUGUUGCAUUCCAUUUAAUGAGACAAUCUCCCCUACCAUAACACAGAAGUGUCGGAAAGCAGUGAGUGUACUUCUCAAUAAGUAGUGGCAGUGCCUCUGGGUGUUUUAUUCAAGAAUGAUGUCACUAAUACUGCAGACAAAUCCAGAUGAUAAUCUCCGGUGAACAUAUAUCAUUGUAAUAUUUUGUACAAUAACCUAAUGCUGUAAAUAAAUGCCAUUUGUUAAAGUUCUAGUUGUGUGUAUUUGAGGCAUAGCAGG